GACUGUCUUGCUGCUGUUGCUGGUGGUGUGCUGAUUGCUAGCUCUCUUUAAUUUACUUCAAUUUCUACAUUUACCCCUGUUUUCUUCCUCUUUCACCCUUCAUACUUACUAAUCCACCUUUAGCCUGCGUCCACUUUGCUCUACCCACCUAUUAAUCCACUCUUAGCUCACUUUUACAGACUUCUUCCACAGGUUUGCUGGAUUAGCUGUUUGCUGCUGCUGUUUGGUUUGUGUUAGUUUCUAAUUUCAACUUAAACAAGGUGAGUGCUUUUUUGUCAUGGCUACUGCUGGGUUUUUCUCUUGUUCAGAGUGUGGCAUGUUUAGUUUAGACCCCUUCUCCACCGAUAGUCAUAAUGAUAGUGGUGUUUGUUCAAAGUGCAAGCUAGUUAACUGCCUGGUAGAGAAGGUGGACAAGUUAGAGCUGCGUAUCCGGGGUUUAAUAAGGGAUAGACAGCAAGGGUCACUGUUAGCAGCCCCGGGUACACCAGGGAGAGCUAGUACCCCCUCGACUCUGGCCUUAGAGCCCCCACAGCAGGGCGAAUGGGUAACGUCUCGGCGGCAUAGUCGAAAGGCUAAGGCUAAUGCUACUGCAAAGGCCACAGCCAGCCCACCUGUACACCAUGCUCCCCCAGUUCACGUGUCAAACAGGUUUGCCCCGCUCAGUGAAGCACCCGCUGAGGAGCCUGUUAAAGGUACUCUGGUGAUAGGAGAUUCUAUCGUCCGGCACGUGAAAUUAGCUACUCCUUUAGGGGCACCAGCGGCUAGAGUUAUCUGCUUACCGGGAGCCAGAGCACCGGACAUUAGUGGCAACCUUAGGCUGUUAGCAAAUAGGAGAUAUUCGAGGGUAGUUAUUCAUGUAGGGGCCAAUGAUAUUCGUCUGCGGCAGUCUGAAGUAACUAAGGCUAAUAUUAAAGAGGUGGUUAAACAGGCCCAGACGCUGUCCGAGGAGGUAAUCUGUUCUGGCCCCAUCCCAAUGAGGCGUGGCGAUGAAGCUUACAGCAGGCUUUCUUCGCUGAACCGCUGGAUGUCCAAGUGGUGUACGGACAAUCAUGUGGGCUUUAUAGACAACUGGCUAAUGUUUGAGGGCAAGCCUGGUCUUUUAGGUAGGGAUGGUGUCCACCCCACGCGGGAUGGUGCUGCCUUACUUUCGUGCAGCAUAGAGGAGAGGUUACCUGUGCGCUACACUGCUGAGGAGAUAAAGAAGUUCCUGAGUGUGACUAAAGGUUAUAGAGGUGUACAGUGUUUGGGGGAGGCCACAGGAGAUCAGGAGCAUAUUACAGCUCGUAAAAGAAAAAAGGCUGCGUUAACUGACCUACUGGGCAUGACAACACAUUUCCGGAAUGUGACAGAACUGGAUGCUCCUUUAAAGUUCUUUGGUCUGGAGCUUAAAAAUGGACAGAAAAGGUUUAUGCAUGCUGUGCGGUCUGAAUCAGGGGAUCUGGUUUCUAAGCCUUCUGAAAUUCGCCAGCAGACAGUCAACUUUUUCUCUAAGCUGUUUGAGAGUGAGUGGGCCAGUUGCCGGGAUGUGGAGGAGAGGUUCUUCCCACUGCAGGCCAGAAUCACGCAGCAGUCUGCCACCCUGCUUGAUGCUGAGCUCUCCUUGGGAGAGCUGCAUGAGGCCCUACAGGGUAUGGAAAAUGGCUGGGCACCAGAGAUUGAUGGUCUCCCGGUAGAAUUUUACAAGGCAUUUUGGUCUGUAUUGGGUCAGGAUGUGCUUGAAGUGCUCCGGGUCAGUGUACAGGAAGGAAAGCUUCCUCUUAGCUUUAGGAAAGCUGUCCUGACCCUGCUGCCAAAAAAAAGGAGACCUGACGGUGCUGAAGAACUGGCGCCCUGUGGCAUUGCUGUGCACAGACUGCAAGCUGCUCUCAAAAGCGUUAGCCUCCAGACUGGGGAAGGUGAUGGAGCAGGUGGUGCAUCGUGA